AUGCAAGAAGAUAUUGUAAAAUGGACAAACGCUGAAAUUACAAUAAAAAGGCAAAACUAUGAACAAAAUACAUCAACUCAGAAUGAGACAACCAAAGAAGAGAUUAGAGCUCUCAUAGGUAUUCUAGUCUUAUCUGCAGCUCUCAAAGACAAUCAUCUGUCUCUUGAUGAAUUAUUCAACACCGAGUAUUCUGGCUCAAGAUAUGUGUCAUGCAUGAGUAAAGAAAGAUGCGAUUUCCUCCUACGAUGUCUGCGUUUCGAUGACAAGACAUUCCGCUUGCAACGACAAAAGGACGAUCCCUUUACACCUAUACGAGACCUAUGGGAGAUGCUUAUGGUUCAAUGCCGCCAAAAUUAUGUGCCUGGAUCAAAUGUCACCAUUGAUGAGCAGCUAUUGACUUUCCGUGGAAGAUGUAAGUUUAGAAUGUAUAUUCCGAAUAAACCUGCGAAAUAUGGGGUUAAGUUAGAAAUGCUAUGUGAUAGCGGCACAAGGUAUAUGAUUGAUAGUACACCAUAUCUCGGGAAAGGAACCAAUACUAGAGGUGUGCCAUUGGGGGAGUAUUUUGUAAAAGAACUUACUCGCAGUAUUCAUGGUACAAACCGGAAUGUAACCAUGGAUAACUGGUUCACAUCAGUACCAUUGGCGAAGCAGUUACUCCAGCAACCUUAUAAAAUGACGCUUGUAGGUACUUUACGAGCCAAUAAAAAGGAAAUCCCUGAAGAAAUGAAGAACUAUCGAUCAAGAGCCGUCAAUACGUCGAUGUUCUGUUACGAUGGUCCCCUAACGCUUCUUUCUUACAAGGUAAAACCAUCAAAAAUGGUUUACUUACUUUCUUCGUGUGACGAGGACGGCACAGUUGACCCCCACACAAAGAAACCUCACAUGGUUCAAUUUUAUAAUAGUACAAAAGGUGGCGUGGAUACGUUUGACCAAAUGUGUUCAGUAAUGUCUUGCAGCAGAAAAACUAGUCGGUGGCCACUCUGUGUUUUCUACGGUAUGUUGAACAUAUCAUGUAUUAACAGCUAUAUAAUUUACUGCCAUAAUACUUGUGUAAUAGGACAAAAAGUAAUGACUCGACGUGAUUUUAUGAAGAAGCUGCAUAUGCAACUGGUAGAAUCGUGGCUCAAAACCCGUCUGGAAAUUCGUACUAUGCCAAGACACGUGAAGGAUAAGAUAAAAAAUGUGUUAGGAGUGUCCAUCGAGGAAGGUCAAGGUCAGCCAUCAUCAUCUAACAAUGAUCUUCAGCCACUCGAGGCUGUGAACAGAAAAAGAAAGAUUUGUGGCCUAUGUUCAUACAAAAAAAGGCGCAUGACAAAAUGUUACUGCUCAAAAUGCAAUACCGCAAUUUGUGGUGAACAUAAAGUUGAUUUUUGUGUACAGUGCGCUUCAAAAUAA